CUUAUCAGAUUUAUUUUCAGAACACUCCAUUUCCAUUCCUGAUUCACAAAGCCUUGCGCCAGUGUCCGAUGUGGAAGCAGCAAAUAUUGAAGAGAAGUUACAGAGUUUGAAUACUCCAACUUCCAAUACCAUCAUGCCCAACUUGGUCAGCGUAUCCUCUUUCACUACAACAGAAGAUGAUCCAUUCCUAUCAUUUAUGCAGAGAAAACAUAGCAAGAAAGGCAGGAAGAAGUCUGGAGUAAUGAUUGAAGUUUAUCGUAUGGAAAAUGGACAAGACUUUGAGGACAUCAUAUUCAACCAGCUUCAAUUGUUAGACGUCAGGGGAUCUGGAAAUUUUUGCCAAAGGAAGACGAAGUCAAACACAGAACAUGUACAGUACAAGUGUGAAAGAGGCAGGAAAACAAGGAGUAUCUCCAAGAAUGCAGACCCGAACAGAACACGAGCAAAUGACUGCGGGGCUUAUAUUUCUUUCACCACUGACGAACAAGCUGGACAGAAAGCAUGUGUUGUCAGAUAUAGCUUGACUCACUGCGGACAUGAUCCAUUGAAUUUAGAUGAAAGACGCGUUUCCAAACUUGAUGCAGACCUUCUAUGUUACAUCAACGAACUCAUUGAUCAGGGUAAGAGAGGAAUGGCAAUAUUGAAUUGUGUACACAAGUGGUCGAAAACCAACGGUCACCAGGACUUCGGAGAUAGAAGGUUUUAUCCCACACCAGCAGACGUGAAAUACUGUAUUGAAGCCAGAAGGGCACGUACAAGGUACGAUUGUAAUGAUGCACAGUCAGUUGAGCAUCUCUGCAGAACAGAUCUCCAAGACAAAAUUCUCAUUGAUCAACCAUUGAACAGCUACUUGGAGGGCUUAAAGAAAGCUGGGAGGAUUAAGAACAAAUCGGCCAGUAGAGAAAGCCAGGGAAGAAGAAAAGCAGAACAGAUGAUUUCUCAAGGAUGGGCAAACAUCGUGCUGUGGCAGACAAAUCAUGUCUGCUAUGUGCCAUCAGAGACGCUCCCUGCCACAGCGGGAUACCUUGUUGACAUCAUGCAUGCCACCUGUGAAUGCCAGGCUGCUUCUCAAGGAG